AUGUAUCCGGGUGGGAAGGGCUGGGGUCUGGAGAGGCCACACCGGGCGUGGCCAAAGGCACUUGGCCCGUUCGGCCCGGAGGAGGCUGAGGUCAGAGCUUGCCAGGGCUGCAGCUCCUCCCGAGAGGCAGCUCUGGUCUCCGCUCCCUGGAACAGCGACAGGACUUGGGGAACGCCUGGAGCUGUGUCCGGAGCGGUUCACGUUGGAUACCAGGGAAAGGUUCUUCCCACGGAGUGUGCUGAGCACUGCCCAGGGAACGCGCCCCAAGGGCGGUGCGGGAGCGAUUCCGAGGUGACCCUUGGCGGGCGGGCGGUCCGGGGCAGGCCCCAGGAGCGGUUCCGGGGCGGUGUUCGGCGUCUCUGCCGCUCCCUCGGCGGGCGAUUCGAAGGCGUUGUUGGAGCCGCUGCUGCUCCCUCGGCGGGCGGGCGGGACGCGUUGGCGCUGUGCCCGGAGCUGGAGCGCUCGCUCUCGCUGCUGGAGCCAGGGGGCGGCCGGGCCGAGCAGCAGCAGCAGGAGAGCGGCGGGCGGGCGCGGCCCACGGUAUUCGUGUGCACCGGCUGCAGGCGGCCCGUGGGAACACCUCGAGCUGGGCGUUCAAAUACGAGGAGAGCUGCUGCCUCCUGCUGCGCAGUGAGUGCCGGCCCUGCCACCCGGCGGGUCCCCGCGGUCACUGCCGCCAUCCCUCCCUCCCUCCGGCUGCGGCCGCAGCGUCGCCGUGGACCCGGAGCGGAAGGUCUGCGAGCUCCCCAGCGAGUGCGGAUGCAUGGUAGAAACCUUAUUCUGCUCUGGCCGCUCAAGGACACUUGGCAGCAUCUACAGGUGUACCUCAAGGCAUCCUGACUACAAGAGAGAUUUGUUCUGUUUCAGUAUUGACUCCAUUGAAAGCUAUAUUCUAG